CACUACGAAUGUCAUUCGCUCGUGUUGAGGCCAGAGAAGACAGGCUAUCCAUUUCGAGCCGAAUAAUGCGAGAACAACCUCGACUAACAAUGCGACGUCACUGAAUACUGCAUGCUCGCUCGCUCUGCACCCGGAGAUGCAUCCGGCCAAGGCUGUACAGCCCCAUGGUUGAAUCCUCGGUAUCGUGGUGCUCGGCGAGUUCGGAGGGACAUUGGGCCUAGUCGUUUCAGAAUUACUGGAAACAUUGAUGAAUCACAUCUAUAGAAAGCUCUCGCAUCACGCCUUCUCCCCGGAUCGUGCCUCUUUGCGACUUGCUCACCAGAAAUAGGACACAAUGAACGAUAUGACUUGAGGAUUUGGAGUAUUUUCCAGACUGUCGGAUACUGGCUAUCAUCACGACCACACAUUCUCUUCGACAACAUGUCCUCUCCAGUGGACCUAAGCACGACCGCCGCGAUGCCGGCACCAGAAGGGUACACAGCGAACCUUGAAAACCCGGUGACACAGCAUAGAGACGCUGGAGUGGUUCUAGCAAUACUGGGGAUGGUCGUUUCAACUGCUUUUCUUUCACUGAGAAUCUACACAAGAGCGUUCGCUUCACGACGAUGGGGAAUUGACGAUGCUGCAAUUGUCGUGGCUUGGAUGCUUUCGAUCUCCUUGCAAGCAAUACUCAUCUACCUUUGGGCGACCGAGCUCAUAAGUGUCCACCUCUGGGACCUUUCACUUUCUCAGGCCAAAGAGUCUCUUCCCUUAACCACGAUAAGCGCCGGCGCUUUAUACAUUUUUACGAUGGCCAUCGCCAAACUGUCUCUUUUGGUUUAUUACCACAAGCUUUCUCCUUCCCGCUGGUUCCGAUACCUGAUAUACGCCAUUGGGACUCUCAUCAUUGUUUACAGCACAGCACUUUUCUUUGCUGUGAUCUUUGCUUGCAAGCCGGUCGACAUGAGCUGGGAUUUGACGAUUAGGGUUGGAAAAUGCCUGGACAAAGACGCCAUCUAUCUUGGACACGCCGGGCUCAAUACUGGCACGACUCUUCUGCUAUUCGGCAUUCCUGUCCCGAUGAUUUUGAAGCUGGAGAUUCCUAGAAUGCAGAAAAUUGGACUGGCUUCGAUGCUUUUCGUUGGUGUACUAACACUUAUCGCAAGUAUCGUCAGACUUGCCCUUUUGCCUGCUGCAAUCCACUCCGCAGACGCGACAUGGAGUAUCUCAAAACCAGCCAUCUGGCUCUGCAUCGAAACGAAUCUGGUCAUCAUUUGCGGCUGCCUCCCGAGCAUGCGGUCAUUCUUCCGACACGUUGCCCCAAAAUAUGUCGGCGAGCGAUAUGAUGACGAUUACGAGAAGAGCCUUACAGGAGAUCGCAUAUCUGGCGGAGCUGCAGCCUCCUCGCUCACUCUCGACGAGAUGGCCAAGUUGAACCGAUUGAGCAAAAGCCAGCCCAAGAUCUUCACAAGCUUCGAAGCAUGGCAGUCUUGGUGGGAGAAAGACGUCGAAGGGAACAAGAAUGCAAAUAGGAAAAGCUUGUCGAAACGUGCUUCGCAGGAUUACAUUCUGGACGAGAAGAAUGGCCAGCGUGUUUCCAGAGCACGAGGCAAAACUUUCUCGGCAAUAACGGAAGAGCAAGAUCAUCACGACGGCCGCAAGAGAGCACUGUCAGCUGCCAGCAAAGGUACUGUGUCCACUGUGACGAGACCUCUAACUGCUCGGAGCCAGAAGAGUUCUAUGUCCUUGCGAACAAACUACAGCGGCACGACAGUCGGGUCGGUGAUAUACGAGAAGACGUCUGCAGCUGUCCCGCCCAGGCCCAUUCAGCCGAGAAUGAGGUCUGAUACUCAUACGACGAUGCCUCAGAGCGUUGGCUUGGGGAUCUAUGGAUACCAGAGUGCACAGACGACUGAACAGUCGCCUAGGGUGUCGAAUGAGCGAAAGUGAGAUGACGAGGAGGAGCUUCGAGAACUUUCGCGUUAUGGUCACUGAGAGCCGAGAAAUGGCAGACACCAGAGGCUAUGAGCUGAUGAAGAUGACGAAAUGGGGAUGGCGAGCGAUGCGAGAACGUGAUACGACUAGGCGGAUGCGAUGAAUUUUUGAAUUGGAAAAUGAUACCCAAAUUGUGUAGCAUAUGUACUUGGAGGCCAGCUCCAAGAAGCUUGCCAGUGUAACUACUAGGUGGAC